CUUCUCAGUAGUAGAUGGGUUCGUGUCCGCUCUCUGAUAUUCUCUUAUAUGAUUCUAUCUGUUCGUUCCCGCAAGCCACAGGUCAUCAUACACUCUCUCCGUCUACCCUCGCCGUAUUACCCCAAGAACAGCAGCUGGAACCUAAAAAACCCUUUCAAGAACGAAGAGAACGAGAAGAAACAUUCGCAAUCCGAAGCCCGAUUCUCAAUAAUACUCUGCUCAUGGUGUUAGUUUUAGGUCCUUCUCCACCCUUCUUCCGGCUCCCCCUAAGACAACUCUCUCCCCAUGUAAUGCUCUCUUCCACAUGUGUUACUUCUCGAACCCUAAAUCCACUUCCUGUUGCUACUCUAAGAGCCGUGAGGACGCAGGGGAUCGGCGCUGGUGCUGCUGACGACGCUGCUGUGCUGAGAAGACCCGUCGUUUCGCCGGUAGUCGCCGAUGAGGACACCGGAGAGGAGAGCUUGGUGAGGAAGGGGGAGGUUGGAGAGAAGACAGAGGAAGCGGAGUGGGUCGAUUGGGAGGAUCAGAUCCUGCAGGAGACAGUUCCUCUCGUGGGAUUCGUUCGGAUGAUCUUGCACUCCGGGAAGUAUGAGAUUGAUGACAGGCUAAGUUCAGAUCACGAGAAAACUAUUGUGGAGAAGUUGUUACUUUAUCAUCCGGAGAGUGAAAAGAAGAUAGGAUGCGGGGUAGAGUAUAUCAAAGUAGGAUUACAUCCGGAGUUCCAGGAGUCACGUUGCCUCUUCAUUGUAAGAAGUGAUGGGCAGAUUGUGGACUUCUCCUAUUGGAAGUGUAUCAAAGGUCUGAUAAGAAAGAAAUAUCCACUCUAUGCAGAUAGUUUCAUCCUAAGACAUUUUAGAAGGAGACGGCCAAAUGAGUGAGCUGCUGUCAGCCAAUAUCCACAUAAAAUACAUUGGGAAGCGAGAAGGUUAAUUAAAGCAAAAGCAUGAUUCUUCCAUGUUAAAAGAAGGUCCCAUAAUUUGGCUUAUAUGGAUUCAAAUAUUCAAUUGCAAGGCAUCGACAGACGCACCAAAACUCCAAAAGCAAAGCUUUGGAAUGUAAAAUACAGGAAAGCCACAUGCUGCAUGGAGGAAAGACAAGUCUUCUAAGGAACUUGCAGGUAUAAAAAAACUGAUUAAAGGACACUUAGUGCUUAUUUAUUUCCACAUGAAUGAUUAAAUAAAGCUUGUACUUAGCCUGGCAUAGUACUUU